GGGGUGUGGGCUUUGGUGUCAGCGUGUAUCCACGAUGUGGGAGGAGGAAACGGCGCUGAAAACUCCUCUGCCAUGAAGGACAGGUCGGACUGAUAGCAGCAGGCCCGAAACAUCCGUCCCGCCGCCGGAUGGUCGCGAUGGAUUUCGUGCUGAGCGGAGCUGCGGCCUGCGGGGCCUGUCUGUUCACCAACCCGCUGGAGGUAGUCAAAACGCGGAUGCAGCUUCAGGGAGAGCUCAAGACCCGGGGCACGUACCAGGUUUACUAUCGUAACGUGUUCCACGCUUUUUACACCAUCGGUAAAGUGGACGGGCUGGCCGGCUUACAGAAAGGACUGCUGCCCGGGCUCGUUUAUCAGUUUUUUAUGAAUGGAGUCCGGCUCGGCUCGUACGCCAUUAUUGAGUCCUCUGGUUACAUCCACACUAAUGGACGGGUUAGCACGGCUAAGACCACGAUAGCCGGGGCUGCGGCUGGAGUGGUGGGAGCCGUCAUGGGAAGUCCUGUAUACCUGGUGAAGACUCAUCUACAGAGUCAGUCUACCUCCUCUAUUGCAGUUGGACAUCAGUAUAAACACCAGGGGAUGAUGCACGCCCUGGCAGCCAUCUACAGAGAGCAUGGCAUUCUGGGACUGUGGAGGGGCUCCAGUGCUGCUGUACCAAGGGUCAGCGUGGGGUCUGCUGCACAACUCUCCACCUUCUCCGCCUCCAAGGAGCUGGUGAUUGAUCUACAGGUGUUCCCAAAGAACAGCUGGUUGGUGGCAUUAAGUGCUGGCAUGAUCAGCAGUGUGGUGGUGGUAGUAGCUAUGACACCAUUCGACGUAGUGAGCACACGCCUCUACAAUCAGCCGGUGGAUCAUUUUGGCAAGGGUCAGCUUUACAAAGGAUUCGCUGACUGCUUUGCUAAGACGCUGAGGAAGGAGGGCUUGUUGGGACUCUACAAAGGCUUGGGAGCCUCUUAUUUCCGGCUUGGCCCACACACCAUUCUGUCUUUGUUCUUCUGGGAUGAACUGCGCAAAGUGUACCGGCAGUUCAGAUAACACCAGGGACAAGGAAAGUGGAAAAUGGGUAACUCAUUAAGCUCUGAGUGUGCAGGUUAAAUGAGUCCUCAUUCAAUAAGGAUGUUAUUAUGAGGUUAAAGAAAAACCAGGGAGACUGCCUUCACUCAAGAGCAAAGGUAGCAUUGUACACCAAUAAGAGAACACUUUAGUACAGUCAAAAUGUGUCAGGAAGAAGGUGAAUACGUCAAAACUGCACGUGCACAGAUAUGACGAUAACCACCGCAGGAGCUUAGAAGAUAACGCAAUUAACCUCACAUACAGUAUACUGUAUGUCAAACAUUGUGACUCUUUUAUAGUUCUUAAACUCUUCAGUUAUGUCAUUCCAAAUUAUAUUAUAAACUGCACUAGACACAACUCUGAAUCCUCUGGAGAAAUCAUCGAAUGUGGCUCACAGUUUGAGAAAAUGAAAAGCUCUAAUAUUAUUGAUUGGUUCAAAUUGACCGCUGCUCCUAAAAUUGCUCCCUUCAUGUCCUCUAUGAAUUUUUCCUAUGCAUAUUAAUAUUUGUAGCUUUUAAAGAGACCGGCAUAUUGACAUAUACAAAAACGUUUUAGUAGCCUUUUUUUGUACGUUUAUUUUUAGAGGGACAUCCACUAAAUUGUAAUUAUUACUGAAAAGAUUAAUGUGAUGUAGCAUUUUACUAUAACCUCAGCUAAUUUGCCCUGCUUAUGCCCAGAUGUGCUUUUCUAAAACAAGAAAUAUAGGGUGCAAUAAAAGAGCAUAAUGAAACCCAAACAAUUAAUACAUAAUGCCAAUUACAGUAUGAUAAACAAACAUUAAAAGUAAAUUGGAAAAAUAUAAGAAGUCACGGGCCAAACAAUAACUUAUGCAUAGUUUUCAACCAGGUACACGGCAAGAAAAUUAGUGUUUCUACACCAGGAAAGCCCAUAUGCUGUAGUAACAUACUAAACAGUUUUAUGUUUGACAGUAGCUCACUGGUGUGCUCCAAUGUUACAAAAAGUAUUUAUUUAUCUUCCAUCUUUUAAAGAUCUACUAUCUAGAGUUCAAAUGAAGAGGUGCAGUGGCAGAGCUCAUUAGUAGAGGUUCUUCGAUGACAGACAUUAUGCGUAAUCUUGGAUGUGCAAUGUAGAUACAGUGCAGUUUAUUAGAAAUAUGCUGAAACUAUAUUCUAGUUUAUUUUUUCAAAAACGGGCAGCAGGCCACAGUUUUGGCCAACCCAAUUCAGAGGAUUCACCACCUCUGAGCACCUUUGGGAGGCUUGUUACAUGAUUACUUUGCACAGUUACAUGAUGAUACAAAAUUGAAUUUAUGUAGCAGGUGGUUAACUUAACCGUCUCAGCAGAAACAUCAUUUUGGGUUUAUAUUAUAACAAUUGAGCUAUUAACCCUUUUUAACCAAAAUAAUUAAUUAGUUUAUUAAUUGUUAUUUAAUUGACACCAACUUUAACCCAUUAUUGACCACAUUUCAGUGUGUUUCUAUGGCCUUUGAAAAACACUUAAGUUUAAAGCACCUAAGACAUAUUGAGGUAUUGAUUUAAGUGAAGACAUGAUGUCGUCCAGAUUUUUGGGGUUGGGAGCAGGCAUUAACAUUAUGUACAUAUUGUAAUUGUUCUAUUCUCCAGGUCAGCAUGAGCAGACUCCAGUGCUACUUAGUUGCCUAAAAAAGGCAUAUAGCCAGAGUAAAGACAGACGAAAUGAUGAAUCCAGUUAACAGUGUCUUUGUCAUCACAGUUACUACACCAGUGUGCAGUAAACGUAUGGUUCUGUGACAACUACAAAGUUUAGACCAAUAGCUUGAAUACCAAGAAAGGGACAUUUUGAACCCCAAAAUUAAAAAAAAUGGCUCUCUAAGGUGUGAGCCACAUUUGAUGCCUUCUUCAUAAACUGAAUGAUACUCUGCAAAGUGCGAAGGCUUUGCUAUUACAUCAUUAGUUAAUAGGAAUUUCAGUUGCGACUUAACAGCGUUCAACAGGUGAGGACAAUGUGUUUGUCAUGACACCUGUGAUAAAUGUACUGUAGCUUUAAGAACACAUUUGCCUCCUAACUUCCAUAUUCUAACACAGGAGACAAAUGUUACUUGAGUUUUAUUUUGUGUUAUGAACUUAAAGCAUUGCUCUCCUGAUGUUGCCAUUUUUAUACUUUCAAAGUAACUCUGUCUUCUUGAUGUGAUGGCGCUCAUUUGUGCCGUAAACGAUGCGUGUUGUUUAUUAUGAGUAUUCUAGUGGUCUAGGACUCUGUACUGACAGCAGUAUUAGUUGUAUAUUAUACUUCAUAUACUGAAGGAGCAAGUAUCAUAACUAAGGUUUGGUCAAACACAUAAAAUACAACAGUCUUUCCAGCAUCAAAUUACCAAUCAUUGAAAAGUCUUUAAAUAAUAGAUAAAGCUCACUGAAACAAAAUGAUUCCUGUCAAGCAACCUUUGUGCCAAACCUUGUGCCAUUUGUUAAGUUCACAUCAAACCAGCCACAUGCUAAAAAUACCAAACUGGUUGAUGACUCUUCAAAGAAAAAACAGAUUAUAAGCCAAACGGUGUGAACAAUAGAGUUCUUUCAUGACAGAGAAUUUGAUAUGUCCUAGCAGGAAAAGCACAGGCGAUUUAAUUACAUAAAUGACGGCUGCAUUCCACAUCAGGGAGGCCCUAAGUUUGCUUACUGGCACACUCGAUGGAACUGAGCCAUUGCUAUUGUUACCAAAUUCAGCUGAGCUUUUCCUGCUAUGUCAAGUCAAAAUAUCUGCUGUAUAAAAGGUCUGUUACUGAUCAGAAGGACCCCUUAAUUUUAUUCAGGGGUGAGACACAUUUUUAACAAUUUAACCUGAUCUUAACAUGGUAUUCUGUCACUAUCGUGCUAUCAUUAUAACUCCCUUUUUGUAAAGGUGAUUUCUUCUGUGUGUGAAUGGGAACCUGUUAACAGUGGUCCACAGUGGCUACCAACAUGAUAGUUACUCAUCAGCUAGUUUCUAUAUAAGUAAGGGUAAGAGGAAGUAAACAUUAUAAUUUUGAAGAGAAGUUUAUAAAGGUCUGAUGAGGAUGUCAAAACCAUGCAACAUGCUAAAUGUAUUUUUGAUACUUUUGUUUUGAAGUUGCUCAGUUCAUUUGCAGAAAGAGUCUCUCAGGACUUGUGUGCCAUGAAACUUCAUGACGGUUCUAAGGGUCACAUGAAUGAAUGUUACAUUCAGCAGCUUGGUUAUGUUUUAUGAAUGUGUUACAGAAUGCACUACCUGUUACGGGCAGCCAACAUCUCUGUGCCAUGGACUUGAAGAGGAAAUAAAAUACUUUUUAUUGACAGACA